AUUUUGAAAUAUAUUUUUUUUGUUUUCCACUUCUCACCGUAAGCAAUAGCCUUGAAUGGAGCUUGCGAUUCUAUAAUGUUGGCAAUGCGUCAAAAUUAACUGAAAAAAUGAUAACAUGGUAUCGACCAAUGGGACGUCGCAUUAUGGCGUUUGAUUUGCAUUUUCAUUAGAUAAUUUGUACUCUACCAUUUCUCCCGAUGAUUUUUAAAACAUAUAAAAAAAUGUACGGAAAAGUUACAAACGACAAUUUUUUCCCAUCAAAAUAUAAAUGCUAUUAAGCAUUCACUUUCAACCUAUGAGCAUUGAGCACAAGAGAGGUUGAUGAAUUGACAUCUUGACAGUUAUUAGUUAAGUGAUACUGAGAUUUAAAAUUAAAAGAAUUAGGUACCUACUCGUGUUUAAUUCCGAGCACCCUCAAAAUGGUUAAAAAUAAAAGUAGCCGAUCGGCCACUCAAAAUAGCAGUGCAACAAAUAAACGCCCUCAAGGAUCAAUUAAAAAAUAUUGUACCGAAAAAAAAAUCAGCAAGAAAAAUAAUCUUCGCAUUAAACUUAGGAAAAAUGUAAGGGACAAUGAUAUUCAAAAUGCAAUUAAUUCUACUCCAAAUAUUUUAAAUAGUAAAAAUAAUAAAAGGAAAAAAUCUUUGGAAAAUGUUGAAAAUAACCUAAUAUUAUAUGAAAUCAAACCAUUAAGUCCUACAAAACUCUCGAUAAGUGUUAAAAAGUUCUACAAUAAUAAUAAAUUCAAAGAAUAUGAAGACAAUAUACAUUUACACAACAAAAAUAAUACAGCGCAUAUAAAGGAAAUGAUGACUAUUAAUACAAAUAAAAAUGAAGAUAAUAACGAUGUCAAACAUAAAAGUAUUUUGAAAUGUGAAAAAAAAUACAGCAGAACUAAAAAGAAGUUAAAACAUUUUAACUAUCAAAAACCUUAUGAUUUGAAUCCACAACUAAAUAAAGAAAAGUAUAAAAAGAAACAGACAUCUAAUAAAAAUGAAUCUACAAAAGUUUUUAGUAAAGAGGGUGACUUAGAAAAUGAUGAAGUGCAUUUGAAUUCUUUACAAUCACAAAUAACAAACGAAACUCAGAAAAAUGAAUAUCUUGUUGAAGAAUACCAAGUAACGCAAUCUACAAUUAAUGCUCUCUCAAUAUCUGUUAAGCGAUUUUACAAAAGUAAGACUCCAUCAAAGGAUAAUGAAAAAGUCAUCAAGGAUAUGCCACUUAUUUCUGAUACUGCAUUUAAUUCAAAAGCAGAUUUUAAUCAGUCUCCUCUAUCGUCAAAAUUAAAUAGUAGUCAUAAAAUAAGUUUAAAUGUAAAACAUAUAAACGAUACAUCUAAUAAUAAGCAACAAAAAGUCACUGCAUUUUUUCCUAUCCGAAGAAGCGCUCGUAAAACAAAAAAUGUAGUCAAUGAAGAAAAACAAUUAGCCUUAGAAGAAGCGAUUGCCUCACAAAAUGAAGAUGGAUUAAAAAUAACUGUAUUCCCUAAUAAAGGCCGUGGCAUAGUAGCAGGUAAAGAUUUUACUCGUGGAGAAUAUGUCGUUGAAUAUUCUGGAGAGUUAAUUUAUGUUCAAGAAGCUCGUAAAAGGGAAGCCAUUUAUUCUCAAGAUACCACCACCGGUUGUUACAUGUAUUAUUUCAAAUAUGGUUCAACACAUUACUGUAUUGAUGCAACACCUGAAAGUUCAAGACUUGGCAGACUUGUAAAUCAUUCAAGAUUUGGUAAUCUUGUACCCAAAAUUGUAGAAGUAGCCGGGCUACCCAGGAUUAUUUUGAUCGCAAAAUGUGAUAUUAAACGGGAUGAAGAAUUAACCUAUGAUUAUGGUGAUCGUAGUAAAGAAUCUCUCAUCAAUCAUCCAUGGCUUGCUUAUUGAGCUAUACACAUUAAUAUAAUUAAUUUUAUCUUAACAUUUUUUUUAUUACUAAUAAAUUAAACUUAAAUAAACAAAAAAUUUAAAUUUGCACUGCCAAUAAA